AUGUCAUGCACUGCCUGCCAGCUGCCUCCCAUUAACUGCGGCACCGACUCGACCCCCCUCUGGCGCCGCUCCCCCCACGGCGCCAUCAUCUGCAACGCCUGCGGCAUCUACCUCCGGUCCAAGAACUCCGCCCGACCCAGCAAGCUGUACCGCUCCGCCCCGCGCACCAGCCCCAUCACCUCCUACUACGUCGUCCCGGCCCAGCGGUUCGUGACGACGGGCGACUCGCUCAUGAUCGGCUGCCUGGCCUCCAUCCUGGGCUGUCAGAACUGCGGCACGAAGACCACCCCCAUCUGGCGACGCGACGAGAAUGAUCUCCCCGCCUGCAACGCCUGUGGGCUGUACCUGAAGUCCCACGGACACCCCCGGCCCAAGGAGAUGUGGUCCUCGCGGAUCCGACGGCGGACCCGCGACCUUCCCACGGACCCCGUUCCGCCGACUGAUCCGGCGGCAUCCCCUCCCUCCUGGGGAAUGAGUGGUCAUUCCAGGACAGAUGAUGCGUCCAACGCCACUGGGCCCCCACGCGACGGGCCAUACGCCGCAUGCCCGGAGUCUUCACGGUAUCUACCUCCGCCACUGUGGGGUCCAUCCAGCAACACUCUACAUCGCAUGUUGACCGACGGGGGAAGUGGACCCCCGCGCAGCCUGUCGGGGGUGGAUAGCAGACCCGCGCGGUUGCCCUCGAUCCAAUCGUUGCUGCAAUAGUUGGCACGGGUCGCGAUGCGUGUGCGGAUUCCGGGUUCGCGGUCUGCUGUGUGAACCUGGGGCAUUAGUAGGCGGAAUAAUGGUAAAGAGGGAGAUACUGGCUCCCGGACUACGGAAGAAUCAAGGGCUAUCUGAUCCAGACCAUUGUGGAUGAAGAAACCACCUCACAGGGCCAACCCGUAGGCGGGUAAACGCAGUAGGGAGAGUAGUGGGAGUGUCUAUAGCCUGGUAGCAAGAGCGAGGGGAG